GACUCCACACAGUGGCUUCAGAUUGAACCCUUGACUUCCACUGUCCAGGGAGUGACAAUGUUCAGGCACAGGACACCCAAAGGGCGUUAUGAGUGCACAGUGUCUGGGCUCCGCUGGGUGUGUGAGAGAGAUGUCAUUCUGAAGUAUCACUUCAGGAACUGGUAUCCCUACAGUCACCUUCUGAAAGACAUGCAGUACGGACAAGGUGGUCCAUUGCUGGACAUCACUAUGGAGUUAGGUGAACUGGAGGAAGUUCAUCUGCCACACUUUGUCUGUUUAGGGACCAACCCUUCCCUGAGGAAUGAGAUGAAGAUUCUUCAUGUAGAGGAACAUGGAGUGUCUGUUGAGGAAGUGCAUGAGGUCACCAGAUUCCAUGCUAAGAUUCUCCAUCCCAAGUUCUCAGCUAUCGCUGUUAUACUGAGCUAUAUCUUUUUUUGGAACGUAGCUGUCCACUGUGACGUGGUCCUCUAUAUGGCAGUGAAAAAGGCAACAGUAAUUUCACGGCUGUACAUGCUCCUCAGAAACUCCAGUCAGAAAGAGGUGAGGCACCAUCAUUGAAGUGACAACAGUAUGUUGAAACUUACUAAAGGAAAGCUGAUAGUUUGUUGAAAAUCUAUAGAUUACAAAGACAACAUGCAGCUCUGUGAGAAAUCUAUUUCUGUCUCAUUCAUUUGAAGAGCCAGUAGACGGCACUCUUCUCUCUGUUCGAAGGAGAACCCAAUGCCCCGGGGCAGUGAAGGGGACAUUGCCCCGUGUAAGGUGCUGUCUUU